GCCCCCUGCCGUUUCUGAUUGAACGCGCGCUUGCAGCGCUGCCCGUCUAUUGGAUGGAUAUCCGUGCCAGUCUGGGCGCUGAUUGGCUGGGGCCGCUGUCCGUCCCCCCCACAACGCUCACCGCCCUUGUUUCUCCCUUCCCCCAUCACUCGCUGCCCCCCCCCCCCCGUUGGCGUUGCCGUGGGAGCAAGCCUGGCGCUGAUUGGCCGCCUCUUGCUGUUAAUCACGCGCGGCUGUUCCCGCCUUUUUUCUCCUCGAGCUGCGAUUGGUUCGUUUCCCUCUCGGCGCCGCCCACGCGCGCUGUGAUUGGCUGGCGCCCUCGCGGCUCCAACGGGUGCAAAACAAAACCGGCCGGCGCGAGGCCGCCUCCCCCGCUCCCCUCAUGGCGGCCGCGCCCCCCCCGCUCCCCUCACGGCCGCCGCCAUUUGCGCCCCCUCAGGGCUCUGCCCGCCCCGGGGUCCCGCCACCGCCACCCCCAGACUCCCGGUGUCCCCUCAAGGUGUUACGGCUUAACCGCAGCUGCAAAUUACGCACAAACCUGAGGAACGCGGGCAGCAGCUCGGACGGGACGGAGGACUCGGAUUUCUCCACGGACCCCGAGCACACGGACAGCUCGGAGAGCGAUGGCACCUCCCGCAGGUCCGCCCGCGUCACCCGCUCCUCGGCCCGCCUCAGCCAGAGCUCCCAGGACUCCAGCCCGGUGCGCACGGCGCCGUCGCUGGGCCCGGACGAGCCCGUGUACUCCACCCGGAGGGUGACCCGCAGCCAGCAGCAGCCGGCCCCUGUCACCCCCAAGAAGUACCCGCUGCGCCAGACCCGCUCCUCGGGCUCCGAGACCGAGCAGGCCGUGGACUUCUCGGACAGAGACACCAAGGCCGCGGCCGAGCAGGACGAGUCUCCCCCGCGCACGCCCACGGGCAACGCGCCCUCCUCGGAGUCGGACAUCGACAUCUCCAGCCCCAGCGCGUCCCACGACGAGAGCCUGGCCAAGGAGCCGUCGCUCAAGGACUCGGGCAGCGACCUGUCCCACCGGCCCAAGCGCCGCCGCUUCCACGAGAGCUACAACUUCAACAUGAAGUGUCCCACGCCAGGCUGCAACUCGCUGGGACACCUGACUGGGAAACACGAGCGCCACUUCUCCAUCUCGGGCUGCCCCCUGUACCACAACCUGUCAGCAGACGAGUGCAAGGUGCGAGCCCAGAGCCGGGACAAGCAGAUUGAGGAGAGGAUGUUGGCCCACAGGCAGGAUGACAACAACAGGCACGCCACCAGGCACCAGGCCCCCACAGAGAGGCAGCUGCGCUACAAAGAGAAGGUGGCCGAGCUCAGGAAGAAGAGGAACUCUGGGCUGAGCAAGGAGCAGAAGGAGAAAUACAUGGAGCACAGGCAAACCUAUGGCAACACCAGGGAGCCCCUGCUGGAGAACCUGACCAGCGAGUACGACCUGGAGCUGUUCAGGAGGGCCCAGGCCCGCGCCUCUGAGGACCUGGAGAAGCUGCGGCUGCAGGGGCAGAUCACGGAGGGCAGUAACAUGAUCAAGACGAUCGCGUUCGGGCGCUACGAGCUGGACACGUGGUACCACUCGCCCUACCCCGAGGAGUACGCGCGCCUCGGCCGCCUCUACAUGUGCGAGUUCUGCCUCAAGUACAUGAAGAGCCAGACCAUCCUGCGCAGGCACAUGGCCAAGUGUGUCUGGAAACACCCCCCAGGGGACGAGAUCUACCGCAAGGGCUCCAUCUCUGUCUUCGAGGUGGAUGGCAAGAAAAACAAGAUUUACUGUCAGAACCUGUGUCUGCUGGCAAAGCUUUUCCUGGACCACAAAACUCUUUAUUACGACGUGGAGCCCUUCCUGUUCUAUGUCAUGACAGAGGCUGACAACACUGGCUGCCACCUGAUUGGGUAUUUCUCCAAGGAGAAGAAUUCCUUCCUCAACUACAACGUGUCCUGCAUCCUGACCAUGCCCCAGUACAUGAGACAAGGCUAUGGCAAAAUGCUCAUUGACUUCAGUUAUUUGCUGUCUAAAGUAGAAGAAAAAGUUGGUUCCCCUGAGCGUCCCCUGUCUGACCUGGGCCUGAUCAGCUACAGGAGCUACUGGAAGGAAGUUCUGCUGAGGUACCUGCACAACUUCCAGGGCAAGGAGAUCUCCAUCAAAGAGAUCAGCCAGGAGACAGCUGUGAACCCCGUGGACAUCGUCAGCACCCUGCAGGCCCUGCAGAUGCUCAAGUACUGGAAGGGCAAACACCUGGUGCUGAAGAGACAGGACCUGAUCGACGAGUGGAUCGCCAAGGAGGCCAAGAGGUCCAACAGCAACAAGACCAUGGACCCCAGCUGCCUCAAGUGGAGCCCCCCCAAGGGCACCUAGGUGUCCCCAGCAGUGUCCCCAGUGGAGCAGCUGCAGUGUCCCCAGGGCAGCUCACAGGUCACCCCCCUGGCCUCCCCACAGUUCUGAGGAACUGGCCAGUUUCAGCCUCAGUGAGGCCGCCAGGACUGCAAAGAGUUGGAGCCCCAGGGAGCUGGGGGGGCUCUGAGCCUGUCCCUCUGUCCCUCCUCUGUCCCUCUGUCCCUCUGGCCCUGUGGGGCAGCCCCAGUGCUGCUCCCAUCCCAUGUCUGACAUAGCUUUAGUGGGAUCAUCCCCCCUUCUCCAGCACAUCCUCACUCAACUGCUCCUGUCCAGCCAGAGCUGCCCUGGGGGACCCCUGGGUGCUCCUGUCCCCCUCCUGCACCCCCAGCCCUGCUGGAGCCACCUCUGGGUUACAAUUCCCCUUUUCCCUGUGUGUGUCUCCUGGAAUUGCUGAGUUCCUGUACAUAAACAACCUACUGAGUGUGUUCCCCUGGA